AUGUGUCGGCGAUGUCCGUCUACUCAUUCACUUCUAAUGGACCAGUCGACGAUGGUGGUUUCGCGCGUCCUUCUAGCGACCGCGAUUCUUCUAUCGUGCUUCUCGGCACUGUUGCUCAUUGCUCCUGCAGAAGUAUGCCAUCCCCAAUACUGUGUGGACAAGGAACUUAGGAGUAGCUUGGAGGCGAUCGAUCAAUCUUCAGUGGAAUGCAGGCUUGUGUCGCUGAAGAAUAUCGCAUGCGAACGUCGUGACGUACGGCCAAGUGCGAGUGACGAUCAAUUCUGUUUCAAGUUGCCCGAAGUACUAUGGAGUGGUAUUUGUUUGAUAUCAUUAACCGCGUUUCUCUGCAUUCAUCUUACGACCAUGGCAGUGGCGACGAAUUCAAGCUACCAGUACGCAAUGCUGUGGAUACUGGAAGCGUUGGAGUUAUCGUUGGCGCUUUUCGCACUGUCCCUACUUGACAGAUUGCAUAGCAAGUGGUAUUACCGGACUCGCUUUGGCCGGCAGUCCGUAAGUGACGUCGAACAGAACAGUGGACAGAGCAAAACUCAGCCUGGGCAGAGUACCGACGCCAUUGACUGGCAAACCGCGGGACUGCAGCCGAUCCCCAACAUUCCGGAACAGUGGUUCGUUGCAUACGUCUGUUCCAUGAUCGUGCUCUUCGUACUCGUUGUAAACGCAUGCAUCCAACCUAGAAAGCGCGAUCGUCUCGAAUCUCACGCACAACCGCGUAGUAACGAACCGUAUUGCAGAGAAUCGGACACCAUCGACGCCGUACAAACGAUCGAAAUGCAAACCACACAUGAAGAACCGCCUCCCAAAUAUCAUACACUAUUUCCUGAAAGUUUUGGACCCUUUGCCGCAAGUUCGGUGAACAGUAGUGAUCGUCAACCAAAGUUCUAA